CUUCUCCUGAGCAGGCAGAGGUGCGUCCAGCCCGCUGGCAUCUGUGGACAUUCAGUGAGAGGCUGCUGAAGCCAAACAGGCUGCGCGGUGAAGAACAAGCAGUUCGCACCGAGUUUGAGAAGGUGGGAGGCUUUUACGCACGCAUGUUUUUUUUUCUCUCUCUCUCUCCUUCUGAGCUGAAUUCAAAGUUUGGAAUUACUAUUUUUUUUUUUCUGAAGUAAGCGCGCUGGCACUGACUGCAUGAACUAGCCGUGGAUAUUUUGGAGAGACUAGCUUGUUAUUUAAUAUGACCGCUGAGGCGCAUUCACAUUUGGGACUGCAGAAAAGCACCAUGGAUUUCGUCAGCGACUUUGACCUGAUGAAGUUCGGCGUCAAGAAGGAGGCGAUGCAGGGGAUGGACCGCUCCUUCAUCGGGCCAUGCAGCCAGCUCCAGAGACCAGAUUCGGUCUCGUCCACCCCUGGCAGCACACCUUGCAACUCAGUCCCGUCAUCGCCAAACCUGAACCCGAGCGAGCAGAGAAAUAACCCCGAGCAGUUCUGGAUACCCAACAACGGGGGUUACCCUCAGCAAAUGUACCCUCAAGCUUUUGGUCUGACACCCGAGGACGCGAUGGAGGCCCUGAUCGGCGCCACGGCGCAGCAGGGGCACCCUUCUGCGCCCCACAGCCACCAUCAGCCGCCUUUCCAAGCUGAGUACGACGGCUACGGCCACCUGGGCGAGCCGGUCCAGCACUACCCGGGUCUCCCGGGUCACCCUGACAUGCAAGGCAUCCCCAGCAGUCACUGCCAAGACCCUUAUCUAAAAGAUGACAUGGGGUGCGCGUCCCCUCAGUCUCCGGACGACCAGCAGGUCCUCGGUGCGCACCACCACCUCGGGCAGCACAGCCGCCACGACAGGCGAUCCAACGCCGAUUCCCACUUCUCAGACGACCAGCUGGUGUCCAUGUCCGUCAGGGAGCUCAACCGGCUCCUCCGAGGCCUCAGCAAGGACGAGGUGAUGCGUCUGAAGCAGAAGCGCCGGACCCUGAAAAACAGGGGUUACGCACAGUCGUGCCGUCACAAGCGCGUCCAGCAGAAACACAUUCUGGAGCACGAGAAGACGAGCCUGGUGUCACAGGUGGAGCAGCUGAAACAUGAACUCAACAGACUGGCCCGGGAGAGGGAUGCAUACAAACUCAAAUGCGAGAAACUGUCCGGUGCGAACUGUUACCACGAAACUGGGUCCACCAGUGACAAUCCCUCCUCCCCAGAGUAUUUAAUGUGAGUUUGUUAAUUUCCUGCAGAGCUGGUGGUUUUCCACGCGGAGGCAUUAUGUUGACAGCGCCUGAGCAAACAGUCCCGUGGACUCACCAAGUUCUAAUUAACGAUGGACUUCACUCAGAUAAUUGUAAUAGAUACACAACUAGGCAACAAGUUAUGAAUGGAAAAAAUUACAAUGCAUGCAUGCAGGACAUGUAUGAGAUGUGUUUAUUUUAUACAGGAGAUACUUGAAAUCAGAGAAUAUUCCCUUUUUAUUAUGAAUAUACAGCUGUAAUCCUUCUGCUACAGUUACUGCUCGAUCUUCAUUUUGGUGAUUUGUUUUGCUUUGCUUAGUUUUUGUAGCUCAAAUGAUAUUUUGUGUUCACGCUUCCUUAGAAUAGAGAAAACAUGCUGAGAAGAAGAAUGAUGCUAGAAAUGACAUUUCUAUUAUUUUUAUGAAGCUGAUUCUGCUGGACAGAUGUGUUCCGCAUUUGCUUUUUCUUUCCAAGAUAAUAUAUAUAAUUAUGCAAAUUUUUUUUUUUUUUCAUCUACUAUGUUUUUUUCAUUUACUAUGGAUCAAUAAACCUAUUGUGACUUUUUAAAA